AUGGAUUUUACCGAAAAGGAAUUUGUGGUCGCCCUUCGUCAAUUUUUGGAAGGAUUUUGUCUUCCCGGCAAAGCUCAGAAAAUCGAUCGAUUGAUGGAGAAAUUUGCGUCACGUUACUGUGACUGCAAUGCAAACCAGGGGUUGUUUGCAAGUGCUGACACAGCGUAUGUGUUGGCGUAUCCAAUCAUUAUGUUGACGACGGAUCUGCAUUCACCUCGCGUGAAGAACAAAAUGACCAAGGAGCAAUACAUCAAGAUGAAUCGUGGGAUCAACGACAGCAAAGAUUUACCGGAGGAAUACCUGUCGAAAAUUUAUGACAAAAUUUUCAGCAAUGAGAUCAAGAUGAAAUCCUCUGUUGUAACAAAUGAAAAAAAGGGCCGACUUGUGUACAACAUGGAGCUAGAACAAAUCUCUGAGACUGCUCAAGCCUUGAUGCAAGCAGCGUCGCAUGUUGACACCCUGUUCUUUGAAGCUGUCCAUUUGGAGCAUGUGGCUUGGGCAUCGUUAUUGGCUGCGUUCAGUGUUGAUCUUCAAGAUUGUGAUGAUGCUGAUGUUGCGACAUUGUGCCUGCAAGGAGUUGGAUGCGCGUUUCGUAUUGCGUGUAUUUUUCGAAUGGAGAAUUGCUUUGAAACACACUUGAAGACAAUCAUUGGACAAUACAUGGACUGCAAAGGACACUUUGUGGACAAGGAGUAUCCAUCCUUUCAAUCAUUGCAUAUUGGUGUUUACCUGCAGCGUUUGAAACUGGAGAAUGGGAGCAUAUUUGCAACAAGGGAAUCAUUUGAAAAUCAAUUGGUUACAUAA